CAGGGGGCAGAAGGCGCCAUCUUAGUUGUUUACUCCGUUUCUGCAGUUUCAGUUUCUCUCUUUGAUCUCCGUCAGUAACUCGAUGUUUUUCUGCUGCAGAAAUGAUCCUUUUGCUUUUAAUCGCGUGUUUUCUGCCGAUCCUGCAGGUUUCUGCUGCUGACGUGGCGGUGACACCAGGGGGAGACGCUGACCUGCAGUGCCAGAUUCCCGGCGCCGCGGCGGCCACCGUGGUGGAGUGGACCAAAGACGACCUGCCAGCCAACGAAUACGUUUUCUUCUACCGCAACGGCCGGCCGUACGACCAGUACCAGCACCGGUCCUUCAGGGGCCGAGUGGCGCUGAGGAACCGGUCCGGCGCCGGCAGCGGAGACUUUUCUCUGGUCCUGAAGAACGUCUCCGUGGAGGACACGGGGACGUUCCGGUGUCGGGUUCUGAUGAGCGGCUCUGGGUCCGAGGCCAAGGAACACCUUCAGGUCAGCAGGCUGAGGGUCGUGCUGCGUUCAGGAAGCGAAGCAGGAAGCGAAGCAGGAAGCGAAGCAGGAAGCGAAGCAGGAAGCGAAGCAGGAAGCGAAGCAGGAAACGAAGCAGGAAGCGAAGCAGGAAGCGAAGCAGGAAGCAUCCAGAGCGUUGUCACAGACGGAGCAGCAGGUCCAAACGUUGCUGUCCUUGUUGGAGUUUUUAUGGUUGUUGUUGUUGUUGUUGGUGGUGGUUUUUGUCUGUACAGGAGAAAGAAAUCAUCACAUCAGACGACAGAAGUCGUGUGAAACUGAGAACAAGAAAUUCAUCUUUUUACAGUUUAAAAGGUUUUUCAGAAACGUUUCAGUCCAGAGAUGUAAAAACCUGAAAACAAACUGAUCAGCAGCUCAGCUAGAAAUCUGAGUUAUGAAACUGUGACAAUUAUGGAGCUAAAGCUAAGCUAAGCUAAAGCUAAGCUAACUGUGAGCUCCUGUAAACUCUGGAGUUCAUGGACAAUGAGAGGAAACCUCACAGGAUGAAACAAAGAAAAACUCUGAGUUUUUAUUUUCAUGCCAGAGUCCAGAUCAAGCAACAAUCAGGUCGCCAUGGCAACGUGUUUGACCCCAGUGGUUCCUGGUUUUCCACCAGCUCUCCUCCAAUCAGCAGCAUUAAAAUGCUGCAGCAGCAACAAAGUUCACGGAAGAGAAAAUAUUUCUGGUUGCUGUUUAAAACUUUUGUUUUUUGUUGUUUUAUCUGAUUUGUGAAUCUGUCCAGUUUCCUGGUGUUGAUCUCAUGAUCAGAGAGUUUUUAUGUAAAUGUUCAGAUGUAAACAGAGUUUUUAUGUCAUGUGGGUUUAAACUGGUUUUUCUCUAAAUAACCUUUUUUUUAAAGGUUUUACUGUAAAUGCAAAUUUCUACAUUUUUAAUAAUGUUCUGUAAACUAAAAUCACUGCAUUAGUCGUUUUACUUUUGUUAAAACUACAAUAUGUAAAAAUGUUUUUAUAUGUUUCACUAUAUUUUACUUUAAAAAUCAAA